AUGGACGGUGGAGGAUCCAUGAGGACGAUAUCCAAACUCGUCGGCCUUAGCGUCGCUAGGUCAGGCUUCAGAGGAACACCGGCUACGUACUCGGUUGAGCAGCCGGUUCGCAACGCAUCUCGUACGUCAUCACCAACCAGAUUUUCAACGCAAGGAGCAAAAGACUCUGAGGUGAAGCCACUGCAUACGACGGUGUCAGGGGAUUUGUCUGACUGGGAAUUCACCGAUGAAGGCAAUCUGUUCAUGACCGGCGGAGAUCCCACGCCAAGAGUGAUGUUCGGCGGUGUCCUUGCCUUUAGGGAAGCACAGGAAGCUACCGCAGAAUUGAAGGACGCUAUUGAUCAGUAA